UGCUCUCUUCCACCCUCGUCCCUGUCCCCACGUGGAUAUUUCUUUCUCUUCCUGGCAGAUAUUGCUGUUGUGGACCUCUCUGUCAUCGUUUAAAUUCUCCUUACGAGCGCUCUACUCCGUCACCAUGCCAGGCUUCGACUUCUCCAACUACAAUCGCAACGCGGCUCUCCACGCCAGAGGUGCACCCUUGCCCAAAGCUACAAGCACUGGUACGACGAUUGUCGGAUGCAUUUACGAUAAUGGAGUUGUGAUCGCAGCAGAUACUAGGGCCACCAGUGGUCCUAUAGUAGCAGACAAGAACUGCGAGAAACUACACUAUAUUGCGCCACAGAUCUGGUGUGCCGGAGCCGGAACAGCGGCAGAUACAGAAUUUACCACUGCUCUCAUCAGUUCAAACAUCGAACUACAUUCCCUCUCGACGGGCCGGCCCCCGCGAGUCAUCACCUGCAUGACCAUGCUGAAGCAGCACCUCUUCCGAUACCAGGGGUACAUCGGCGCAUACUUGGUCGUCGCUGGUGUUGAUCCGACGGGUGUAGGCCUUUUUACAGUCCACGCACACGGUUCCACCGACAAGCUCCCUUACGUAACCAUGGGCUCCGGCUCGUUGGCCGCUAUGUCCGUGUUCGAAUCGACAUGGAAGCCUAAUCUCGAUCGCGAGGGCGCCAUCAACCUCUGCGCCGAGGCUAUUAAGGCCGGUAUUUUCAACGACCUGGGUUCUGGUAGCAAUGUCGAUGUGUGUGUUAUCGAGAAGGACAAGCCUACUCAACUACUGCGCAACUACAUGAAGCCUAACGAGCGUGGAAGGAAGGAGCGGAAUUACAAGUUUGCCAGAGGCACCACCGCUUGGUUGAAUCAGAAGAUCAUUAGCAAGGAGGACAUGAGGAAGUAUGUCACUGUGGAAGAACUCUCAGCUAACGUGGAUCUCGCGACAGUGGAAAAGAUGGAGGUCGACACUUGAGCUGACAGGCUUGAGCCUGUGAUUUGUUUUCCUAGGAGAGAAAGUAAUGUCAAACUCACAUUUGAAAAUCAACAAAUGCUGGACUAAUGUGAUAAAUUCCGUCUCCUGCAAGACCGUUACGAGAAGAAAAGGGAAGCAAAAAUAGACCGUAGUAUCUAGCGAGACAUGCUUUGAACCCUUGAAAUCAGUCCAUAAGCUCUGUGGGUAUCAUUAGCCCAUACAUGAUCCCCGAGAUUCCAGAGUCAUAGACAUUACAUGCAAACCCCCAUAACUCUAGCACAAUGCACAACCGCAUGGCAAUGGGCCAACGAGCCCAGUGCAAACGAAAAAAAGUGGGUAUAUACAACAGAGAACAACAGUUCAAAGGAUAACCUGUUAAAACGCUUCCCCUUCAAUGCUUAUCUCCCGCCGAUCAGUCAUCAUCAUUAUCAUCAUCAGACUUUCUUUGGAACUUCGCGCGGUACGGAUUCAAUAACGAUUCAACCACUUCUGGAGUUUCAUGCUCUUUCACGAGACGGAGGAUGUAGUUGUAUCUUGAAGGCGUAACACGCUGGCCAGUCCUCUGGUAUCUGGUAACACCAGCAUGGUAUAAGGCUCGCACAAAAGCAGGCUUAAUAGGAGCGUUAUGUUGCAUCAGGUAGCCAAAGAGCCAAUGCACAAGAUCAAAUGCGCGAGCAGGACUAACUCUCUUAGCGCAUGAGAAGGCGAUGGCGAGAAAAUUGAUGAAUUCGAGUGCGGCAUGCGGGUCCGGACAUUCUGAUGUUCUGGGGAGAGGGUGGUAGCGUACAAGGACCAUCUCGGAAGGAUGAGGGAUAGGAUUCCAAGACCUGGAAAGAGCAACCUUCAGGGGAGAAUGAGAGCGAAGGACCCUGAUAAUGGUCCAGAUUGAUUCAGAGUCACCAGUCUCCGCGAUACGAAGGCAGUGAGUGGCAAAAGAGGGACUUGUAAGGUCAAUCUUGCGAAUCAUUUUCUCGUAAGAUCUGUACAUGAAGCGCUUCGUGGCAUUGAAAGUGUGGAUAUUUUCGAACAUUGCUGUUAGCGAGAUAUUGCGAGAUUCGAGCUGCCAUAACGAUUCCUGGGCAGACUCGCUCACACACAGGUUCAUUAGCAAGUUGACAGCCCCCGUUAAUACCCCGUUAGAUGGUAGGUCAAGAUCAUGGAUCCCCUUUACGAGGCUAGACAUGAAGUCGCCAUGGUCAUGGAGCUGGGUGAUGGAGCGGUAGACAUUAAAGAGGUUGAAGGUUAGAUAAUAGACCUCUCCCGGUUCCCAUGUUUGGUCUCGACGUGUGCGCGUGAUCGUGCUGAAUGUUCUUAAGAUCCAAAUGCGAACUAGAACUCGAUCAACCACAGAUAGUUCUGCUACAAUCGAACCCGAACCAUCACUGGGCUCUGAAAAAUGCGCCUCCCAUACAUCAAACCAA